GAUUCACAUCAUUCAUACUACCAGCUUUCACUUUCCGUAGAUGGACAGGAAAAAACCGAGCAACAAGUUAUUUUGUUAGGAAGUGCUGUGUUUUUACUCUGUGGUUACAAAGUUCGGUCCGGCCGGCACUAAGGUCUGCUUUCAGAACAGGAAUCGAAUCGUUACAUAACCUUUGCACUUUGCGGACGAUUGCUACUGCUAGUACAAGUACAGCAGACGGUCUUGUUCUUGGAUAGCAGAAGCAGAUAAAGGAACUAGGAAGAAGAUCGGUGAUAGGAUAGGAUUUAAGUAAUAAGUGUAGUGAGAGCUGUGUAACUUUAUUAUCAUAACCUCGAAAUUUGUGUCAGUUUUGAUGUAUUAAAUUAAUUACUCUGUUUUAUUAUAUAUAAGGAAUCUUUUACGUAAUAAUGAUAGGCCGACUUCUAGCAAGACACUUGGCUCAAACAACAGCCAAUGUCUUGAAAAAUGAAAGUGCAACCACAGUUUUAGCGACGAGGAAUUAUAUCUCUCAGAUAUCAAUUCCAUCAGUACAGUGUGUUAGAGGUAUUCAUGUAGGUCACAGUUGUUUAGUAAAAGUACAACAUCCGGCCCCAGCGUUCAAGGGGACUGCUGUUGUCGAUGGUGACUUUAAGGAGAUUGACAUUUGUGACUUCAGGGGACAAUACUUGGUCCUUUUCUUCUAUCCUCUAGACUUCACAUUUGUGUGUCCGACGGAGAUCAUUGCUUUCAGUGAUCGGAUUAAAGAUUUCAAAGCCAUCAAUACAGCUGUGGUUGGUGUCUCUUGUGAUUCCCAUUUCAGCCAUCUUGCUUGGAUCAACACACCAAGAAAGCACGGUGGUCUGGGAGAACUGAAGUAUCCUCUCUUGGCUGACUUUAACAAGACGAUUGCAAGGGAUUACAAUGUUCUCCUAGAAGAUGAUGGGGUUCCUCUCAGAGGACUGUUCAUAAUUGAUCCACAGGGAACAGUUCGACAAAUCACAGUGAAUGAUCUGCCUGUGGGUCGCAGUGUCGAUGAGGUUCUGAGACUGGUCAAAGCAUUUCAGUUCACGGACAAACAUGGCGAAGUUGUCUGUAUCAGCUCGCCAGAUCAAAAAGGCAGUAGAGAGUUCAAGUCCAAGUUUUCCGUUCCCAACAUCAAGCCCAAGUCCAGCUAUAAGACGAAACAUGAACUUCCACUUGGGGAGGAAUCCGAGGAGACGAGAGGUUUGUCUGUCGCUCAGCUGGAACGAGUAGUGCUCUUAGAUCAGCUCAAGUACUACAGAAUGCAGCUGGAGGAGAUGCAGUCCAAGAGAGAAGAGAUCAAGAAGCAGGAGAAAACCACUGUCAGUAUUCUUCAAGAGAGGGAUUGCAUUGCAGUUUAAACAACUGGGAAUCUAACAACCCUUGUCUUCCUGUUUAGGGGACGAUCUACAUGGAGUAUGGAACAGCCUUUGUUCUAUUUGUUACUUCUUAAGUUGUUGCUAUUUGCAUAUCAGGCGCAAUAAAAAUUAUUGAUUACAGUUUUAUAUUAGACUUAACAACAGUGCAGUAAUAUCAAUAAAAUAGAUAUCUUAAUACACAUGCUAUUGUAGCAGUUCAAGUCAGGUACACACCAAAAACAGGCACAGUCACAUCUUUGUCUGGCAGAGUCUUUUGAUGUCACAUUGGGACUGGUGUCCAUGUAAACAACAACAUUUUAUUAAAAUAAGAAGUAACCCACAGAGUCAUAAUUAAUAUAUAAAAAUUUGUAUGCAGUAUUCUCUACCAAGAUUUAUUAUUGAUAGUUAUAUUUGUUUUAUUUUAUUUUACUUAACUUGAUUCCGAUUAUAAUUUAAUUAACAGAAAUAAAAAUUGCUGUUCUUUAUAAUUCAACACACUUCGAAAUUUUUUGUGUCGAGGGUCAUUGAGAGUCAUAUUUUCAAGAGUUACUGCAUUCUCUAGUCUCCAACAUUGUGUCUCUUCUUCAAAGGACUUCCUGUCUUUACAAAAUCAACUUACUCUAAAACUUGAUAAUUAUGUGGAAUGGGAAUUUCGAUAUAGCUCCAUUUUCAAAGUUAAAAUUUGUUUGUUUAGUCAAAGACUUGAGGUAACAGCAACUACUUUCAAGUCAAGAGCCAGUCAAUUUCCCUUCAUUUUAAGAGAUAAGGCACAUAGGCAUAUUUAGUGAAUCAAUUUUGCGUUGAAAUUAAAAAUUAUUAGGGAGGGGAGAUAGGAAUAAUAAGAUUAUGAAAUACCUUAUCAGUAAAUGAGAGAGUUACUAUUAAGGUGCCUGGAUUUGCAUUAAAUUUGUAUAAAAAAUAUACACUUAGAUUAAUUAUAGAGUAUUAAACUUAUUUUUUUAUUCUUAAAAAUAUUCCACUUAUUACGUACACAUUAUUAUUAUUAUGUACUUUGAACACAUUGUUUCGUAAAGUAAGUAAUUUAAGUACAAUUUUGAAAUGUAAUUGAGUACGAAGACCAUAACCUGUUGCUGUGAGAAGGAUCUUGUAGCUAAACUGGAAAUUAAAGUAAAUAAAAAUAAGUGUUCAUCGGUCUGGCCAUAGGAUAGUACUAUGAACUAUAGUACCAGUGACUCUUCUGUGUUUAGCUUUUCUGCAAUUCCACUUGUGCAUUUAGUGCAAGAUAUUUAAUUUGGUUCUGAAUUGGAACAUGUUACUUGUUUAAUCAGAGCUAGGACUGUGCAGCAAUUUUAAACAGAUAUGACAAGAACGUAGCCAGGAAAACAUUUUGGGGGGUCAGACAAUUGAUAUUUUCCCGUAGUUGACAGAGAGUAAGACCCCAUUUGUCUCCUUAAAAAGUUCUUGACUAGUUUCUUUGUUGAGAACGAUCUUUCAGCAGUACAUGUCAAUAAUACUGAAUUAUUUAAAUAAUUAUAAUCAUUUACUAAAAAAAAUUGAAAAUUUGGGGGGGGGUCCGGACCUUUAGACUCCCUUUGCUGGUAUGUCCUUGAGAUAUGAACUAAACUACACUUUAGCUGUGUGGAAGGGGAAUUAAAUUCAUCAAUCACCAUAGAUAAUUAUUAUAUUAUUCAGUCAAUUAUGCACAGUAAAAAGUAAAUGCUUCAAACAAAAAUAUUAAUCUUCACAUUUUUAUAAAUGUUGGUGCACAGGUAUAUUCAGUUGCAUUUUCUUAAAUCCAAUGUUAAUUAGGAUGGGAGUUUUAUUUCCACGUCAAACCAUUAAUGUUACUGAUAAGUCUGAUCUUCACAAAAACUGUUAACUCACUUAAGGUGCUCAAAAUUCACCUUUUCCAAUUUUUCUUCUACCUCAGUUUUAAGUUGUUAAAGUUUUAAAAUGUUAGGACCUGCAACUGAAAAGUGAAAUAUGGAGAGUGGAAAUUACUUGCAAUAUGUAUAAAAUGUCAAUUUAUUGAAAAGAAUCUAUAAUCACUGUAUGCCACAUCGAUGAUGUAGAUCGUCUUCUUAACUAUUGAAUUUACUUAAGUGUUAUGUGUUACGGUUUCUGUGCUCCUUGUUCAUUAAGUUAACUCUUUGAUUAAUAGCACCGUAGGAGUUUAAGUAUUUUAAUGCUUUAGCAAUGUACACUGUAUGUAUGAAUCCAGCCAGAUUGCGAAAGAAGACUGAAUAGAAAUGUAUUGUUUAUUUUUAGAAUGAAGUACUAAGUAAUCAACAUUUUAGUAUUAAAAUCUAGUCAUUGACUUUUGCUUGUGACAGUAUUGUUCCUCCUAUUGCUUUUGCAUUAUAGUUUAAGAAGUAGGUGAUAGGUAAAGUUGUAUAAAACUUUGUAGGUACUUAAAUGUUGUGUUAUAUAAGUAAUUGGAAACCUGAAAAUACACAUAAGGACACUAAAUGUAUAGUGAUGUAAGUAUGCACAUACAUGUCUACCAUAGUGUGAUAAUGUUGUUUAAACUACAUUUUCUUUCUCUAAAAUGGUUAAAGUUAUUGUAUUUAAACUCUAAAUCAUUUUACAUAAAACAAUUCUAAAUAGCACAGAAUAUUACAGAAUUUUUACAUAUAUUGAUUUUUUACAAGAUUAAUUAAAAAACUCUUUGUAUUUUGGUUUCUAUUGUGAGUUAUAAUGAUAAACGGCCUAGUUGAAUUUAUUUAGAUUAUUUCCUUAAUUAUUCGUGCCUUAGUUAGUGAUUAGAUGUUCAGUUUUUGUUUAUUUUAAUGUUUUAAGUGUUAGAAUUAAGAUUUAAUUGUAAUAUUGUUAUCAAACAAAUAAAACAAAAUAAAUAAAAAUCUU